AUGGAGAGGGGGGAGAAAACCUAUAAGGUGGGACAUGAGGGCUAUUCGAUUCGAGGGCACAGGGUGAAUAGCGACUAUAGCGAGAGGCAGCGAGAGGAGAAUCGUCAAAUCUCGCAGGCAAGCAUUGUUCGAAUCUCACCGGGAUCCUGGGGCGCGUGUGUCGAUGCUGGGGGUGCCUCGAUAAAAGUGGCACAUGGCAGGGCAGGGUGCAGCGAGGACGAGACAGGUGCGGACACGGAAGUGGGCGGUUGCGCGGAUGGUACUGCGAGUGGAGGUGUCGGUGGCGGUGGCGGCGGCGGAGAAGGAGGUUCGACGAAACAGGGUGAAAGGUGUCCCCAGUGCGGUAUCCUCUGUCGGAAUUUAAACGUCCUACAGCUCCAUCUCGAGGACAUUCACAAGACGACCUACGUCAUCGAUAAGCACGACCUCGGUGCUCAGUUCUCGCAAGUCUCUUGCAAAGUGUGUAAUAAAACUUUUGCCAACGUCUAUCGUCUUCAGAGGCACAUGAUCAGCCACGAUGAGAGUGCAGUUCUCCGUAAAUUCAAGUGUCCCCACUGUGAAAAAGCCUUCAAAUUCAAACACCACCUCAAGGAGCAUCUUCGUAUUCACAGUGGAGAGAAGCCAUUUCAAUGUAACAACUGCGGCAAACGAUUCUCACACUCUGGAUCCUAUUCAAGUCACAUGACCUCAAAAAAAUGUCUGAUAGUAAAUCUAAAGAAGUCGAGGCAAGGAGCAAUCAGUAAUGUGGACAGAGGGCCGAGAAAAAGUCAAGCACCAUUACAAAAUCGUCGCGACGUUGAUAUGAUUGCUGCGAAUAACAAUACUUUCCUGCCAAUUUUACCUAAACUUUCGCCUUCUCAUUAUCAUGACAUUCAUAACGAAGGAGGGGGUAUGUACGAUGUGCCUACACUACUUCCGCAAAUGAUGGGAUUUGGAACGUAUUUUCUGCAGUCGUCAUUGAGAAAGUUUUUGCAUCAGUUGCAUACAAAGAGACGUGACGAUUUAUCAUCUGAACAUUACGAAUCUCAUGGUGAAGUGAUGAGUCCAUCGACGGCCGAUUCGGAGGGCACUGAGGGAACCGAGGGCAAAGAAUCGCCAGCGCCAAAUGAGGGAUUAGACGCCGUUCGACGUAUUCUCGAGACCGUCAAUACAUCCGUCACGAAACAAUUACUCGAGGCUAACGUCAGGAAACUAUCGUCAUCGCCUGCCACUAUCAAACGGGAAUUGGAUGACGAUUAUCAGGAUCAAGACAGUGAAAUCUCGAGCGAAAUGACCCAUUAUCCAGAUUGGCCGACGACAGACCAAUGCGACUCGCAGAGCGAGGGUUUGGCGAUAAAACUCGAAGAGGUCAAUCAAAAGCCAACAAUAAGACAGGGUUGCAAGAGGAAAGCCGACGUUGUUGAUUCAUCGGAGGUUGAUUCCGAGGAUGAAGAUGAAACGAGUCAACCUCAAAGUGACAGUGGUCGACGAGUCAGGGCAAGAUCAUUGAUCGAUGAUGAACAAUUGGCUGUUCUGAAAGGAUACUACGCCAUUAAUCCAAGGCCGAAGAAAGAGGAAAUCAUCAUGAUCGCUGAUUACAUCAAAUUUCCCACUCGUGUUGUUCAGGUUUGGUUUCAAAAUUCAAGAGCGAGAGAUCGUCGGGAAUCGAAAAUUCCUGCCCUUCUUCCAUUGGCGAAUGCUGGCAUUCAACCGAUAAAUGAACAACCGCUUGAUCUCUCGAAAAAAGAACUGACAAUUUCCGUGAUAAAAGAAAGUGAUACAUCGAGUAGAAAUACAGCGUCACCUUGUGGACCGAAGGAAGACAUUGUACUGAUGACACCGACAUUGAAUCCUGACACUGAUCUUGAGGAUUCGCCUCUUAUUAUCGAUGAAGAGACGACCGAUUCCGCUGAAGUUCGACGUACAUUGCCCAUUAAUGAGACACUAACGAAGAGUCAAAAUCAGACGGUCGUUAAAGCACAGGCUGAAGGGAUUCUCGUUCAAGCAGAUGUGACUCCAACGAUCGAGACGGAGCAAGAAGGUCUUUAUUUUUGUGAUCAAUGCGAUAAAACAUUCUCGAAGCAAAGUUCCCUAGCAAGACAUAAGUACGAACAUUCCGGACAAAGACCAUACAAGUGCCAGGAGUGUCCGAAGGCGUUCAAGCACAAACAUCAUUUGACUGAGCACAAACGUCUGCACAGCGGCGAAAAGCCAUUCCAGUGUUCCAAGUGCCUAAAGCGCUUUUCUCACUCUGGCUCCUACAGUCAACAUAUGAAUCAUCGGUACUCUUAUUGCAAGCCAUACAGAGAAUAGGACCAUCGAAUUGCUCUCAAAUGAUGAGGCCCACCCACUUAGCUAAGUACAUACCUCCCUUUCUCCCCUUUUUUUAGUCCUACUUGCGUGUUUACUGGCGAAGGAAAAAUUAACUAAAUUUUACAGAAGAAAAAAAGAUAAAUUUUUUCCCCAACCGGUCACGUAAUCUCUUCAGGAUUUAGCAUUUAAGUUUGAUUUCUAUAAAUAUUCAUUUUUUUUGCGUCUAACUUGCGCAAAAUUCUCACACAGAGGACUAUUUAAGACUGUACUGACAAAAGUACCUCUCUUUCGUCUGCAAUUUUGAGGGAAAAGAAAAAAUGGAUUUGCAAUUAUUUUUUUCUACAAGAAAAUUUUUUUCUUUUUAAAUAGUUGAGCGAGACUUCUUCUUUAUUAUUAUAGAUAUACACUUAAGAGUAAUUCCCAAAUUGAUACCGAGUGAAAGGGAUAUUAAGAAAGAAAAAAGAAAACCAAAUCGCAAAUUCUCGAAUUGCAAUUUCUAAACCAAGGAGUUAAUGAAAAAUUAAAUGACUAAAGAAAAAAAAGAUAAAACCAAAGUUUAGUAAACAGGAUUCUCUGCAAGAUUAUGUAUAUAUAAUAUAUACAAAUUUAACCAAAAAAAAACAACACGUAACGGUACCAAAAAUGCAUAAUGCAAUAAUCUAUUAUAAAUAUAUAUAUAUAUAAAAAAAUAUGAUAUAAUAUACAUAAUAUUUUAUUAUUUUUAUUAACAAGAUAUUAUAUAUAUACCAUGACAAUAAUAAGGAGAAACUAAUUAAUGUACAAAUUUGUUAGUUACAAUUUCGCUGGGGAGGGCGAAGCCAUCCGAACGGGAUGAACGACGUUAUAACUAAAAAAAAAUGGAUAUUGCACUUAUGAAUAGAGAUUUUACCAAAAUAAAAUAAAUAAACGAUUAAAAAAGAGGAGAUGAAACGUAACAAUAAUACGGAAUAAUGAGAAAUUUAUUAUAUUUCAAAUUAACUGCGCCUGGGAAUUAAAAGAAAACAAAUUUUUACAUUCUCAUUUUUUAUAAUAUUUAUAUACACAAUAGACAAUAUUUAGAAAUAGAUUUAUUAAAACUGAAUACCUAUAUUUUCCAUUGAUGUGUAUAAAAAUUUAACAAUGAAAAAUAAGUAUUUUUGUAAUACACUUUUUUUUGAAAAUAACGCAUAUAUUUGAUUAGUUGCUUCCUGUAAUUUGACAGAGUUGCCACGCAAUCUGGAAAACUGGAAAACCUGGAAAUGUCAGAGAAUUUUAUAAACCUUGAAAAAAACCGGAAAAAAUCUAUGAAUUUUGAUCGGAGUCCUGCAAAAUUGUUGUUUUCUAAAGUUAUUAUGUUUAUUCUUCAAAACUAAUACAAAACCGUCAAAUUUUUCUAUUUAUGACAAUAAUUUCUUUUCAAAUAACUAAAAAAAUUCAAUUUUGGAAAAACUAUAAAUGAUUGCAAAAAUUCAAUUAUGUUCGAAAUUUUUAA